GACUUAUUUCCUCAGAAAAGCUGUGCGUGUCGGAGAGAUUUGUCCCAGGGAGGCACCGGUAGAGGGAGCACGUGACCAGCUGAGCAGGAAGUCAGACUGUAGAGAGGAGACCCAGACAAGGGGAAGAGGCUGGAGUCUGAUAAAGACACCGCAGACACAGACGGCACAUUCUGCAGAAUUUCAUCCUGUUGACAAAGGAUGUACGUGGGAGUACGGUGCAGUUUCCACAGAGCCCUCUCUUCUCUCUUAACCAGAGGUGCAGUCCAGAACGUCUUAAGUCGAAGAUCUCCUUCCCUCUCAAGACAUGUGCCUCAGAGUAAAUCAUUUUCCAUAUCUUCUUCUUAUAACCAGAAGCAGCAGCAGCAGCAGUCGGUCCCCAGGUCCCCUUCUGUGUCCUUGCGUGCCAGAGUCACCGUGAGCUGUAUUAUUGGUGGGGCGGCUCUGGGUAUUUGGUUUUAUCUGCGAUGGGAGAAACAAGAACAGAAGAAAGUGCAGCAAAUUCAGCAGCUACGAACUCUUGCAGUGGGACAAGGAGAUUUCAGCCUAGUGGAUCACACUGGUCAGCCCAGAACCAAGAGCAGUUGGAGGGGCAAUUGGGUCCUGCUCUACUUUGGCUUCACUCAUUGUCCUGAUAUUUGUCCAGAUGAGCUUCAAAAACUGAGCUCUGCUGUAUCUCUGCUGGACAAGGAUCCAGCACUGCCCCAUGUUCUGCCUGUGUUUAUCUCAAUAGACCCAGAGCGUGACAGCGUGGAGGCCAUCAGCAAGUAUGUGAGCGAGUUCCACCCACGACUCUUGGGGCUUACGGGGAGCCCCGAGCAGGUGAAAAAAGUCGCACAAGAAUAUCGUGUUUACUACAGUGUGGGGCCAAAAGAUGAGGACAACGAUUACAUUGUGGAUCACACCAUUAUUAUCUACCUGCUGAAUCCUGAUGGGCUAUUUACAGAUUACUACGGCCGCGGGAAGACUGAUCAGGAAAUAGCUGACAGUGUGAAAAGUCACAUGCAGACAUACACCUCCGUCUUUGGGUGACAAGAUUUUGUCCCAAAUUGCAUAGAAAGCUGCGUGACUUGAAUAUAGACGGUGCCUUGGGAAAGUAUUCAGACCUUUCACCAUUUUAUGUUGUAACUGAAUUACAAAUUUGACUCUGAAAUUGACUCUGAGCUUUUUUCCUGUCUGGGUUAUUUUCAGGGGCAUAACUAAGGGGUGCUGGGCCCCACAGAAACAAAAUCCAGGACCACCCCCUCCAUGGCAUCACGGGUGAGCUCCAACACAUGCAGAACUGAGGAGCAGCCAUAAUUCUGUGUGUCCAGAUUAUCCGCAACCCCCUGCUCCCCUGGGCCUCCUUGUGGUCGUGGGGUCUGCACAGAGUUAUUUUUAUUCUAUGGACUUGCUUUUCUAUUUUGUGUUAUACAACCCAGUUGCAUCCACAGCUACACAAGCAUUCCACGCAUCUAUCUCACUUAUGCACCUUCCUUGCUAACUCUUAGUUAUUAUGUUGUAUUCAAUACCAUGCAUGGAAAUUGUGCCAUUUUGUAUGUUUUAUAUACAAAAUUAUACAUUUUAUGUUAUGUUUUGAAUGCAAUAUUUUAAACAUAAUAAAUACAAUUGGCAGGCACAGUCAUCCCCCUUUCCACUGAGAUGAAUGCUGCAUUGUCUAUGGCAGUGGUCCCCAACCAGUAGCUCGCGAGUAACAUGUUGCUCCCCAACCCCUUGGAUGUUGCUCCCAGUGGCCCCAAAGCAGGUGAUUAUUUUUGAAUUCCAGGCUUGGAGGCAAGUUUUUGUUGCAUAAAAAUCAGGUGCACUGCCAAACAGAGCCUCUUGUAGGCUAUCAGUCCACAUAGGGGCUACCAAACAAGCAAUAACAGCUCUUAUUUGACAUCCCCAUGGACUUUUCCAUGCUUGUGUUGCUCUCCAACUCAUUUUUACAUUUAUAUGUGGCUCACGAGUUAAAAAGGUUGGGGACCCCUGGUCUAUGGGAAGGUGUUUAACAGCCUAUCAAUUUUUCAGGACCAAUAAUAUUCAGUUUACUGAUACACACUAAUGCAGAUGUUUAUAGAUAUAAGAACCAAAGACAAAAACUGAACAGAAUAAAGGAUAAAAUAUCA